ACCAUGGGUGUAUUUUUGCAUCUCGAAUUGGCGGUAGGCUCUCGGCCUGCUUAGCCAGUGUCAGCAGUCAGACAUUAUCAGUAUAUAUAUCUGGCUAUUCCUCUCUGUGAAAAUAAAGGGAUUUCCAAGCAGUUACUACUUGUCACCAUCGUCGUUGUUGAUUGAAAGAACCCCACGUCCUACCCCUGAUCCGAGAUAUAGUAGCUCAUUGUCGUACGGCCUAUGGCUAGUAGGACACGCAAGAUUCCCUCAGGGGAUUGGGAGCGUCACAAGGAGACUAUUCUAAGCCUCUACCUUACUUCUGACUUCCCUGGGGAUGAAUUGGUUCAGGCUAUGGAAAAGGACCACGGGUUCGUUGCUACUAUAUCGCAAUUCGAAGCCCAACUACGAGUUUGGAACGCUCGUAAGAAUCUGAAGAAAGACCAAUGGGAAGUGAUCUUGCCAAAGAUUGACAAUCUAUCUUCUCGCGACAUUCAGGCCAGAGUAAUGAUAGCAGGUCACCCUGUUUCAACAGAGAGAAUCCGUCGAGCCAAACGCUACUUCAAGGGUGAUCAUCAUCCUCGGAAGCGACGCCGGGUUGAAGAGCGUCCGGGCCGAGCGACAAACAAUGUCGGCGAAGGCGUUGCCAUCGAAGUUCAGGACUCCGACGGCAAUUGGACUCCAUACAUAGAUGUAGACGGUGAAGAUAAUCCCUCUCAGCAGCCACUGGUAGGCAUCGAUGAAAUACAGGAGUUCAAUGAGCAGGAGGUUCAAGUCGAAAACCACUCUGCUCAAGUUGUCCCAUGCCCCGACCGCGUUGAGUCCCUGACGCUUCCAGAUAUACUUCCGGAAUUAUCAUCAUCCCAUACUAUGAACCUCAUCACUUACGAUCAGUUCACAAAUGUCGAAGAUCAAAUAUUUGCGCAGACUAUGAGUUUUCAAGGACGAGUUGCACAGUCGCCGAUGCGCUUUGAGCCUGACGUUAACGUUGCGGGCCCAGCCUUGGAGUUCGAAAAUUUCGAGCUGCAGUUGGAUGAUACGGCUCAAUUUUCUUUUUGGUCAAUGUUCUUAAAGGAUUUGCCUUUUGAACGAUUUGAGCGUGGCUUGUUGUCAAAAGGUCUUCAGCUUAUGCACUCUCCGCCCGACUGCCGAUUACUAUCCGGGCCUGGGAACCGGGCGAUGAUGUUCCUCUUAGAGGCCGUCACUGCUAUGACGAAUGCUAAUGGGAAGUCUGUCAACGCAAACGCUGCCGAUGCCAGACUUACCCUACAAACUUUGGACACACUUCUUCCAAACCAGCAGCUAGAUUAUGGGAAUAAUGAAGUGACCAGCCUCUCACAGAAAGGUUCCGAGGUUGAAAUGUGUCGGAUACUUCUAUUCUCGGCUGCGAAUGGGUUUAGUGGUAUGAAGGGUAUACCGCUCGAAGUCUUACCUAAAUUCCUUGAGCAUAAUAGCAACGUUAUCAAGCUAUUACCACGCCUAUUCCACGAUAAGCCAAAUCACGUUACAAAGGCUCUUGCAGAAAAUCUAUUUCCUACGUGGAUAGAAUCCGGAGACUAUAUGGCAAUCAGACUCGUCCUCAAAACAGGCUUAGUAGACGUUAACAAAAUAUGCUGCUUCGUUGAAGGUGAAAAGUAUACGCCCCUUGAGCGACUUGCCAAGCUUCAGAAUCUACGAGCAAUUCACGAGUUGCUCCAAUUCAAAGUUGAUGUAAACCGAAAAUUUUCCAAUGGCAAUAUAUACAGCACGGGGGCCUUGGAGCAUUUGAUAGAGGUAUUCCAAGGGGAAACCUUUGAUGCUCGUUGUCAUAGUACUUUCCCCCAAGACUGGCUCGAUACGGUAGAUGCCUUAAUACGGGCGGGGGCGGAAGUGCAGGUACUUCUCGUUCGAAGGGCACUCCAAGGGUUUGUUCAAAUGGACCUUGCUAAGAAGCUCUUAAAUGGGCUCAAACCGGCGCAGCAUUCCGACUUUAUAUCCGAAGAUUACUACGGUGGAUCUCAUGGGCUAGACUUGAUCGCACGAAAUUUUACGGAUGAAGAGGCCGAAAAAGCGUUCACCAAGAUAGUAUUUGACGACUGCGAGCGGAGUGGCUGCAAACAAUGUUUGAGCCGGUACCCGAAGGAAAUAAAUUGGGCAAUCUGCACUGGUGCUAGUCGUGGCUACAUCCAACUUGUGCGAUCCUAUUUCCAAUAUGCUGAAGAUUCCGCUGCAGUACUCGCUGCAGCAAUUGAGGGUGGUUGUGACGAACUUGUCGAAUUCCUUCUUACCCAGAACCCCGACAUGCAUCCUACUUAUAACUAUAACCCGAGAUCUAAUAUUAUAUACCAAACACCACUAUCUAGCGCAAUAGAAGCAGAAAAUGCUACUCUAGUGAGAGAGCUAGAGAGUAGGGGCGCCUUAGAGCACCUUGACAAGGAAGAUGAAUAUCGGCAUUAUUGGUAUGAGUUCUCUGCUGCGCUAUCUGCUGCUGCUGGUGUGGGAAACUUGGGGUAUAUGAAGAAGCUACUGGCGCUCUGUCCCAAAAUUGAAAGUUACGGACUAGACGAGGCGUUAAAACAUGCGCGCGAAAAUAAUCGAGAGGGCGUUGUGCAAUUCUUACUUGAUGCGGGAGUCUCACCCUCCGGAAUACACCGACCUGAACCAAUCUCGGAACGUUUCAUUCGAGCAUACGGCAACAAGUCGCUUUUGUCUAACCUAAUUUCUGACUACCCAGACUUUGCGAUAGGUCGUGAGGGGAAAUGCGAUGUACUCAGAAAAGAUCUGGAGUCAGGGAAUAUGGACAUGCUUAAUUUCUUUAUUGAGCAGUCUGUAAUUAUCGAUAGAAAGUUCUUGACUGAUUGCUUACGAAUUGCAGUUGAGCAACGAAACGGUACAAUGCUUCGCCGUUUACUCGAAUUAGGCGCAGAUAUAUUCGACGAAGACUUCAAAGAUUCUAUAUUCUGUACCCCGCAUAUCGAUAUGCUACGGAUAUUGUUUGAGCGUGCUUCAUCACUGAGGACUUGCAUCCCUUUAUUUGGAACGCGGGCUCUCGUGAAUGCUAUUGAAACAAGCGUCGAUAGCGUUGAGGUUUUGGACUUAUUCAUUAACUGUAAAGCCACCGACUUAAAGUCCACGAUCGCGCGUUGGAGGGUUGGAGAAAACGAGUGGUCCCCUCUAGGGGCAGCUAUUGUGAAGGAAGCAGAGAGUCGUUCAAUCGACUUCCCGUUGACCGGACGGCUCCUUGAUGCAAACUGCGAUAUCAAUGGGGUCGUAUAUAUUGAUAAAGACAAAGAUAGGUUUUAUCAAUUUCUGACGCCACUCUUGGUGGCAAUCGAGAUGAAGAAUCAACCCCUAGUCCGAUUCCUUAUAGGUCGCGGCGCCCAAGUCAAUAAAAAAGCCACUGGAGGAAUUAGAAGAACGCCUAUUCAAGCUGCUGCAGAGAAGGGAAGUCUUGAUAUGGUAAAAUUACUCCUUCGAAAUGGUGCGGACGUUAACAACGAACCGGCAACUUUCGACGGUAGAACGGCGCUGCAAUGUGCAGCUAUGAGCGGAAAUUGCAACAUCGCCGCCUUAUUGCUGGAUUACUCCGCGAAAAUAUCUGCUCUUCCGUCUCCAUUUGGUGGACGGUGGCCCAUCGAAGCGGCAGCUGAGAAUGGUCGACUUGACAUGAUCGAAUUCCUCUGGAACGUCCUCUGGAAUGCGAGCGGCAUUGGUUUCCCGGUGGAGCAAUGCCGCAAGGCGAUACGACUUGCGAAGGAAAAUGGCUAUUUCGCAUGCGCUGACUUAAUACGGGAACUUGCCGUUUCUAAUGGAAUCAUGCUUACGCUCGAAGGAUCUGAAUAGGGGUGACAUGUCCUGUUUGGCUAUCCAUGAUGUCGAUCUCAAGCCCACAUACUAUUUACCCCUUAACACCUCAUUGGGAUUUCCUGCUGUUGCAAAGAUCCAAACUAAACAAUAGCGAAGGAGAUGCCAUGAGAAUCAAUCUGCAAGUCUCUAAGCAU